CUUUCUUUCUCCCUGUCCUAUCCCCCAGUCAGUGAAGGCGUUGCCUCGUUGCUUUUUUACACUUAAAAUAUGUUUGUUGACAUGACAAAACCCCUAAAUCCACAGACAACAGAAUAUUUGAAUGUUAGAUUGAAAGAACUUAGUGAAUGAUGCAUGUUAUAUAAGCUAUUUGAGUGCUCAAUUAGAGUAGAAAAGUGCUCCUCUUAACUAAUCAGUUAAAUAUAUGUAUUUACCAUGUGGCAUAGCCAAUGUAGGCCACUGGCUGUACCACUAACUAAGUUAAUGUUAACUGUUAACUAUAAAGUCACAGUCUCCACAGUCAUUGUGCACAGCAGCCUCAAUAUAAACCACCUGGUAACUAGCCAAUCAACUACAUUUCCUGGAAAACUGUACAUACAUCAUAUCUGUGUGCUUCAGAGGCUGUCUUUCAACUCCCCAUGGUCUUCACUAAUGGAUGGAUUGCAUGUUAUUCUUCUUGUUCUUUUAGGAGUUGUUUCCUGCAGUCAAAAUGGAAUUUCUGUAUCAGUACUGGAAGUGACAGCCCAACCUGGAGACAACAUCACUCUGUAUUGCGACUGCAAAAUGACCAUUGGAGUACAUAUAAUAUGGUACAGGAAGUGUUCUCAUGAUAACACUGUUGUUUUACGGUACAAAUCUGCGUCUUGGUUUCCUUUGGAACCUUUGUCUCAUUUGCACUUUGUGAAGAAUGAGUCCUCUAAUUCCCGAGACCUUGUGAUUUUAAAUAUCACUGAUUCUGAUGAAGGUCUCUACUACUGUGGAACAGAAGAACAGCAUGGGGAAAAUAAAGACUGCAGAUUUGUUUACACAUAUGGAAAUUCCACAACAAGACUCAAAUUAGUCACUAUAGGAAAACCAUUAAUCGUGCAAGAACAGCGUGUCAUGGAUGUUGGUGUAACCCGUCUGUCAUGGAUGAUGAUGUUCGCUCCAGCCUUUACCAUUCUCACCUCAUUCUCCUUUAUUCUGGUAUAUCACACUUGUCAGAAAGCAGAAAACAAAUCGCAUCAUCAUCAGAAAAGAUUGAGUAUCAAACGACAAUCAAGGCAAAAUAUGGAUGAAGAUCUGUGUUUAACAACAGUUGUGUUCCUGUCUCAGGACGCACAAACACAUCAUUCAGAUGACAAAGAAGAAAUAAAUAACUAGCUUUGUCUUUAAGUUAUAUUUGUAAGGUUUACAAUCAAAAGUACACGUUGUUUAUUUUUCAAUCUCUCAUUUUUGGUAACUCUGUCACUGUGUUUUUGUCAUCAUUCCUGCAGUCAUAUAUGUUCUUGGCUACUUCUUAAUUAAAAAUAUAUAUACACCGCGUUCCAAAUUAUUAUGCAAAUUAUAUUUUAUCUCUGUUUUUCCUAAAUAGUCAAUUCAAAUGACAGUUGGCAUAAUUUUCGAGUCAUCGACCAAUAGAGUAUAUUUCAAAUAUUACUGAACAAAACUCCCAAUGAAAACAGUAUGUUUUUCAAAAAUAAAAAACUUAAAAUCCACUGUUCCAAAUAAUUACGUACACAGAGUUUCAAAAGAUUUAAUAGGUUGUAGAGAAUUGAAAAUGGUCAUUUGUUGAAUUUGCAGCAUUAGUAGAUCAAUUUCACUGAAAUCAAAAGCUAUUUAAUCAAAAACAUCGUAACAGGUCAAGUUACAUAUUAACAUAGGACCCCUUAUUUGAUAGCAGUUUUACAAUUCUUGCAUCCAUGGAACUUGUACGUUUUGGGAAAAUGUCUACUUGAAUGUCUUUGCAGGAUGUCAGAAUAGCCUCCCAGAGCUGCUGUUUGGAUGUGAACUGCUUCCCACCCUCAUAUUUCUUUGCUUGAGGAUGCUCCAAAGGUUCCCAAUAAGAUUGAAGUCAGGGAAGAAUGGGGACCACACCAUAAGUUCCUCUCCUUUUACCAGCCAAUGAUGCAGAGGUAUUCCUUGUAGCAUGAGAUGGUGCAUUGACUUGCACGAAGAUGGUUUUGUUGCAGAAGGCACAGUUCUUCUCUUUCUACCAUGGAAGAAAGUGGUCAGUCAGAAACUCCACAUACUUUGCAGAGGUCAUUUUCACACCUUCAGGGACCCUAAAGGGGCCGACCAGCUCUCUCCCUGUGAUUCCAGUUCAAAACAUGACUCCACCACCUCCUUGCUGACAUUGCAGCCUUGUUGGGACAUGGUGGCCAUCCACCAACCAUCCACCAUUGCAUCCAUCUGGACCAUCCAGGCUUGCACUGCACUCAUCAGUGAACAAGACUGUUUGAAAAUUAGUCUUCAUGGAGUUCUGGGCCCACUGCAGCCAUUUCUGCUUGUGAGCAUUGGUUAGGGGUGGCCGAAUAGAAGGUUUAUGCACAACUGCAAGUCUCUGGAGGAUCCUACACCUUGAUGUUCGCAGGGCUCCAGAGGCACCAGCAGCUUCAAAUAUGUGUUUGCUACUUUGUAAUGGCCUUUUAGCAGCUGCUCUCUUAAUCUGAUGUAUUUGUCUGGCAGAAACCUUCAUCAUUGUGCGUUUAUCUGCACAAGCCCAUCUGUGCUCUGACUCAGCCACAAAUCUCUUAACAUUAUGGUGAUCACGCUUAAAUUUUCGUGAAAUAUCUAAGCUUUUCAUUACGUGUCCAAGGCAUUCAACUAUUUCGCGCUUUUCAGCAGCAGAGAGAUCAUGUUUCUUUCCUAUAUUGCUUGAAAAUGGUGGUCUGCUUAAUAAUGUGGAACAUCCUUCUUUAGUAGUUUUUCCUUUAAUUGGGCUCACCUGGCAAACUAAUGAUCAUAGGUGUCCGAGAUUGAUUUCAGUGAUGCAAAGAGUCCUGAGACACUAUUCCAUCCAUGGGCUUAAUUGAAAAACAACUUAUUUAAUCUUUAUGACACUUCAACACAAUUUGUAUAAUCAUUUGGAACGUGGUGUAUAUAUAAAUGUUUGCAUAUUGAAUAAGCAAUAUACUUUACAAAGAUUUCUGAAAACAGUAUUUUAAAAAACAACAACAAAGUUUUACAGGUGGACAGGAAAUAUGAUAAUCAUAUCACAGCACAAGGUUCCUGCUUUGCACCACCUGGAAAGCUUAAGCUUUUUCUGUGGGUAGUGUGUAUAUUUUAUGGUGAGCGAGCAGGUAGGUCCUGACCCUGCAGAACAUAACACUACCACUAAAAGUCAUGGAAAAUUAGCACAAUAGCUUCAGGAAAGUCUGUGCUAUUUUAAUGCAAUAUAUGAUAGUCAAUUACUAACUAAAUAAUGCAUGUGUGGUCUAUAUUCUCCUUUGACACUGAUCUCAUCUAUGCCAAAAAAUAAAACAGUCAUUAAAUAUUAACAGAUGCACUCUCUUACACCUAACAAAGGUAAAAACUAAAUGCCAUACAGUCUGCUACUAUUAAUAUUUCAUUUGUAUCUUCUUUUAGUUGCUGUUUUUUAUGACUUUGUUUUUGUUUUUGUUUAGUAUCUGACCUGUUUACUCUUUGAGUAAGAGUUUGUGGACAGAAAGAACAAUGCAGCAUGUCAAAUUAAUCUUAAUCUAAUGAAACAAGCUAGAAUUAGACAAUAUUCAGAGCAGUAAGUUUGGAAGGUUUUACUGAGUAAAAGGAAGAGGGGAGUGGGAGAGGGAGGGUUUCUGAUCCCUCAACAUCAUGCAGAAGCAUCACAUGCUGACCUAGACAAUCCUGACAUCUAUUGGAGAUGACAGGUAAUGAACUAAAAACUUCUUAACAAACACUUCUCUCAACAGUCAAAGCUAAAUUAUAUUGUUUUCUUGUCCUCAAAUGAUUGCUGGAAGUUUGCAUCAUGACUGCGUGAUAUAUAUUCUUCAUUUUAAUGAAUCUGUAAUGCACUGUAGGGAAAUCAUUAAUGAGUUUCCGUGUAACUGUGUAUGUAGGUUCCUCUCAAAUGCAAGAGGAGUAUGGCUGCUGCAGUGACAAUCUUUACACUGACUGUGAUUUUAGUGUAGUGCUUUUGAGCCAUUGCAGUUACUUCAGUUACAGAAUUGACUGUUUUUAUGUAGUGCUCUCCAUGGAACCAGAGAUUACAGCUUUUUAAUAAUGGUUUUAAGAGGUUUCAGGUAAACAUUUUAUAAUCAUGAUGUGUCCUGACCAUGAUAUAUUUUGAUACCACAAAACAGAACUUGAGGAUCUUUACAUUAUUCUGUUGAAUUUUAAUUAAAUAAAAUAGUCAGGAGACAGAAGUCUUGUUGGCUAUUCCGAAACACUUCGUUUUCAAAAAACUAAACACUAAAAAUAAAAAUUUGGAGGUCAUUGUCUGCUUCCAAAAAGUUCAUAUCUGUGAUUUUCUUCUUGACAUCAAGGAAGUGCAGUUCACAGGCAGGUCUGCUUAUUAUGCAAGUGGGGAUAACCAAUAUUCUGCAAUUUGGAAGUCUUUUUUUUUUCACAAAUGACACAUUUAAGAUGCUGUAGUUAUUUUCAGGAUUUUAUUUUAACACAAUGGACAGCAUUUUUAAAUUUUACCAAUUUUGUAACCUGAGUUAUCAUUAAUUUCAUAUAAAUCAGUAAAUAACAGCCCAUUUAUUCAUGACACAGUUAAUCAGUUUUUCUUUUCUAACACAGGGGAAAACAUUUUACACUCAUGGUACUUGACACUGAAACAACUUACAAGCAAAAGUGCAGUUCUCUUUGUUGUAGCAUCAAUCUGAGUUAUUUGUCCCUUGGGUUCUGGUGGUAAAUACAUUUUUGUUGUUCUUCUAUACAUGAACAGGUCAGCUGUUGCUCACAUGAUAAUAAUAAUGCACCCCUCUUGAUACAUUCUACCUGAAUCUUAGUCAUCAGGACCUAACACAGUCCCUGGAAAUUUCAGAAGAGUUAUCUCUUAUAUCAUAAACAUAUUGUUUCUCAUUCAGCCUCCUGUUAUUUAUUUUCAUUUCCACAGUUUUCAGAGAGAAACACAUGUGUAAAACCUCAACUUAUAGAUUAUUAUUUUUCUUAUGACAUCACUGACCCCUUUCAUCAGGUCUGCUCACUUUGAGCCAGUACUUUGGACUGCUCGUGGCAUAUGUUAAUUAGUGUACUGUUUGCAUUUUUGUGAAUGCAUCAUCAGGUAGCUUUCUGAUGCGAAAAGAGGGUUUUGUACUGUUGCACACCAUUGCCAAAUCUGGCUCUAAAUAUUAUGAUGACAGCUGUGACCACUCAUUUUGCUAUUAAUGGCUUUCUUGCAAGAAUUAGACCGAAUUUCAACCAAUUAAUCCAACUGUGAAUAUUUUAUUUCCUCAUUUGGAAAAAUAGUGGUGCAGUGUUGUUCCUUUGCACUCAGCAGCACUGCACCUCUGAUUACAACUGGUAUAAAAAAUGCUUAAUUAUUGAAGAAAAAUCUUCAUAUUUGAAGCGCUUAA